AUGCUAGCACCAACGCUAUUGGGCUGCUUCUCUGGAGGUUUGGCUCAGUCGAUAAACCAAUUUUCAAGAAGGAAAUUCAAAUUCACCAAAAUUAUUGAAUUUAUGAUUUGGGGUAGUGUAAAUGGGUAUUUCACUGUCACUUGGAUUAACUUGCUAAUGCAGCGAUUUGAGAGUAUUGUGUAUCGAAUUUUGGUUGAUCAAGCCAUAGGUGCCCCAACGUUUCAAUUAAUAUUCAAUGUUUUAAAUGCCCUUUGGGAUCAUGGAGAGGUAUUUACAAAAGCUACAAGAAAUGCGUACUUCAAGUCAUUAAAGUAUAGUUAUUGCUACUGGCCAUUUUUCAGUAUUUUCCUGUUCAUGUUUAUACCGCAGAGUAUGAUGUUUCCCUCAAACUGCUUAGCUAAUUUAAUCUGGAAUUUGAUUUUAAGUAGAUUGGCAUAA